AUGGACCGCAGUACGGAUGACAAUUCCAUCUCACAGCGCACGCUGUAUGCCACAAUCUGGGUGGAAUACGGAAUCUGCACCGUCGUCAUGCUCCUGCGAGCAUACUCCCAGUUCUUCGUCCUCCGCAGGUUCACAGUCGAUGACUAUGUGAUGCUCGGUGCCUACCUCUGUCAAGGCGUCGCGUCCGCACUCUGCACCGCAUCAGCACACUGGGGCCUCGGAGCGAGCGUCAUGAGCCUCAGCUACAAACAGAUCGUCAACGUGCUGAAAUUCGUCAUGAUCUCGAUGCCAUUUGGCGUGAUUGCGCCGCUGCUGGGUCGCAUCUCGUUCAUCCUCUUCCUUCUCUCGUCCGUCAUCACGGCCCAUAACCCGCGGCGGAAAUGGCUGUGGGGGCUUGUCGCCCUGCAGCUUGUUAUCAAUACAAUCCCGUGCAUUCUGCAGUUUACGCAGUGUCGCCCGGCGAGUGCAUUAUGGGAUCCGAUGAAUUUGAUUCAAAAGUGUCAGGGCGCGGUUGUUGUUCAGAAGUUUGGGUAUUUCCAAGGGGCUUUCAAUGCAUUGACAGACCUGAUCCUAACGGUAAUCGGUCUCGUCGUGAUUCUCUCCCUUAAAACCCACCGCUCGAAUAAGAUUGCCCUUUGCUCGAUUCUGUCGUUGAGUUUAUUAGCCAUGAUCGCCGCUAUUCUCAAGACAGUCCAGAUUCGAAUCAUGAAUACGUUCGAGUUCAGCCAAGCAAUGGGCCUCUGGGCAAUCUGGUUCCUAACCGAAGGAACGGUCGUGAUAGUAACAGCCUCCGUUCCCCGUCUUCGUGCAAUCGUCGUUCUCGGUCGUCAGAGACAAAAGUCAUCCUAUAAUCCCUACAACCCUUACAACACGCCUGUAACCCCACGGGGUCGGUCAGAAAACAGCAAUAACAUGCAUAGUACUGAGGACCAAUCUGUUCAGACCAAGUAUAUUAACACGCCCAUUGACGAGACAUUGCUCUUUGAGGAACGGGCGAGGAGUGAGGAUAGCCCUGAGGACUUUGACGUUCUGCCUAUGGAGUCGGCGACGGAGUUGAUUCCGGUGACGGGGAGGAGUGCAGUUUGA